UCGUAACUACCAAUUAGGUUUCUAACACAGAUUCAUAAACCCAAUUAGAAGAAGAUAUGGGGCACUCUAACAUCUGGAAUUCUCACCCGAAAAAUUAUGGCCCUGGAUCCCGCACCUGCCGUGUUUGCGGGAACCCUCAUGGAAUAAUUAGGAAGUACGGUUUGAUGUGCUGCAAACAAUGCUUCCGCAGCAAUGCUAAGGAAAUCGGAUUUAUUAAGUAUCGCUGAACUGUGUUGCCAUGGACUUUGCAGAGAGGGUGCUGUGAUUUAUUUAGUUGUAUAGCCAUUUAUUUUUAAUGGAUUUAGUUGAAAUGAUUUGUAUUCGGCAUGUCUAGACGCUCAUUUGAUGGUAAAUCUUAAGAUUUUGUUUUUAUUGGUUUGUUACUACCGUCUGUCACCAUGAUGUGGAAGUCUCAUUUUAGGCAUAAACUGGUGUGCCUCUUUAUAA